CAGGAGGAACUAGUACCUCCAUGGACUGAAGAGGAUCAGAUGGAACCAGAUAAACCAUCUCCUCCUUUUAAAGAACUGCUGGAACCAGAACCUCAGUGGAUUAAAGAGAAGGAGGAAGAGCUCCUGCUUAUUAAAGAAGAAAAUAUGGAACCCCAGGUUACCUGGGCUAAUGAGGAGCAGAAGGAGCCAGAGUUUCUACCCAUUAAACUGGAGGAACCAGGACCUCCAUGGAUUAAAGAGGAAGAACCCCCAGAGACCUCGCUUAUUAAAGAAGAAAAUGAAGAACCCCGUAUUUCCUGGGUUAUUGAGGAACAGAAAGAACCAGAGUUUCUACUGAUUAAAAAACAGGAGGAACCAGGACCUCCGUGGAUUAAAGGAGAAGAGAAAGAACAAUCACUGUUUAAACUAAAGGAGGAACCAGAUUCUUUCCUGCCUAAACCUGAGCAAAGCAUAACCCAAUGUUCCCAACCUAGACUGGACCUACACUGCAGACAGGAAGACCAUCAGCUUCUUCAGAAGCAGUCCAUCACUUUUAUGGAGACUUUUACUCCUCAGGAAGAGGAUUUGAGUAAAAAUGAACCAAGAACUCAGCAGCAUUCCUUUCAUAUCCCUCCUAUAGCGGAGACAAAAGAUCAGGAAGAAAGUUGCUCCUCUUUGUCAGAGAGUCGCUGUCAAACCGACAAAAAGACUUUCAAAUGUGAUAUUUUUGGAAGAUCAUCUAAGACUAAAUAUAACAUGAAACAACAUUACAGAACCCACACGGAUGAGACAUGUACUUCAUGCGAGAUGUGUGGGAAAAGUUUCUCUCAGAUUAGUCAUUUAAAUGCUCACAUUAAAACCCACACUGGUGAGAAACCUUUUUUAUGUAAAACAUGUGGAAAAAGUUUCUCUCGAAUAAGUAAUUUAAACGUUCAUAUCAAAACUCACACUGGUGAGAAACCUUUUUCAUGCAAGAGAUGUGGAAAAUGUUUUUCACGGAGAAGUAGUUUAAAUGUUCACAUCAGUACCCAUACUGGUGAGAAACCUUUUCCCUGUAAGACUUGUGGAAAAUGUUUCUCUCGAAAGAGUAACUUAAAUGUUCACAUCAGAAACCACACAGCUGAGAAACCUUUUCCAUGUAAGAUUUGUGGAAAAAGUUUCACCCGAAUGAGUCAUUUAAAUGUUCACAUCAGAAACCACACAGAUGAGAAACCUUUCCAAUGUCAGACAUGUGGAAAACGUUUCUCAUAUAUUAGUCAGUUUAAUAGCCACAUUAGAAUGCACACUGGUGAGAAACCGUUUAUCUGCAACACAUGUGGGAAACGUUUCUCUCAGAUUAGUCAUUUAAAUGUUCACAUCAGAAACCACACAGGUGAGAAACCUUUUACUUGUAAGAUAUGUGGAAAAAGUUUCACUCAGGUUAGGAUUUUAAAUAUUCACUUCAGGACCCACACAGGUGAGAAACCUUUUACAUGCAAGACAUGUGGACGAAGUUUCUCUCAGUUUGGUCAUUUAAAUAAUCACAUGAAAACCCACACUGGUGAGAAACGUUUUACUUGCAAAACAUGUGGAAAACAAUUCUCCCGAACUGACAAUUUAACGAAUCACAUCAGGACUCACACUGGGGAGAAACCUUUCACAUGCAAGACAUGUGGAAAAGGUUUCUUUCGGAUUGGUCGCCUAAAUGCUCACCUCAGAACACACACUGGUGAGAAACCUUUUCCAUGCCAGACACAUGGAAAAGGUUUCUCUAACUUAGUCAUUUAAAUGUUUGCGAUGUUCAAUGUGAAAAUUGUUUCUAUGUGAGACGUGGGAAGCUGAGUAAUUUAAAUAUUCACACAUGGCAUUAUGUAAAUAUGAAAUAAAGCUUCAUCGACACUGGCAUACUGAAAAGGUCCAGCCUUCUCCAGCCUCCACCCCCGCACUCAACGUAUGCUCUGUUGCUUAGCAACCGUGCAGUUAACACACAAACUUCUCACGACUAUUCUGGGUGCUAAUAUUUUCUGAGGAGCUUCAGCAGCAGUCCCAUGGUCUGAGAUAUCAGAUUUAUAGUACCCAUACUCCACAGAUAUUAGAAUCUGAGCUUAAAUGUCAGCCAAACCCAUUUAAACAGGGACAGAUAAAUCCUUUCAAUAAACCAAACAUUACCGCCACAUAUCUGAAUCUAUAACCAUUAAAACAAUUAUUUUCAUUCAUUUCACAAAAAACAAUUCACUUCCUUGGAUUAUAUCAAACUGCACUUCCAAUAUUCCCCACUGUUGGGUGCCAUUUCUCUUUUUCCUCUAAGAACAGCAGCUUGCUUGGACUCGCAAUGAAUCAUGGGAUAUCCAAAGUUACACGGGAUACAGCAGACCUGUUCUUCAAAACGGGCAAAAAGGACGUAAUUAAUUUUUUGUUAUUGUUGCACUUCAAUGCAUUCAUCCUUUCUGUGUACAUUUUUAAGGAGGCUUAGUUUUAUACAUUGAAAAUGUUUGUUUUAAGUGAAGAUGCAUGUUUCUCUUUAUUCUUGUUUUAAAAAGAGCUUGUCUGCUCUAUGUUGCCUUCUUUUCAAAUAAAAAAAUGAAGAAGGCUGCAUUUGUUGGCUGUUUAAUGAGGAGUCUUCCAAUCCAAACAGCCAGCGGUGCUGCGGUAUGACGUUAUCAGCCGACGAAUCUGGCCUUCGGACACAGGCUGCUGAAUUUGAACACAGCAUCUGUCUCCCUUGCUGAGAAUCUGACUUGGAGACCGGAGGACUGUGCCGAUGCCUGGGGACAGGAUUGGAGCGAGAAGAGAGGAAAGGAAAGUUCUGAGCAGAGGGCUCCGACAGAUGCCUCUUUUAGAUAUUAAAGGAAUAGUA